UGGAAAAAGGAGAUGAAGGAAGUAACGUUUAUUGACAACCAGCAAGCAUCAACAAUAUUUUUCCAGGCAAGAGCUAACUGUCUUCCUCUAAAUGAGCGCAAGAGAUACAAGAAAGAGGACACAAGAUGUAUGAUGUGCAAUGCAGAAAAUGAAGACCUCGCCCACUUUAUAUUGAAUUGCCCAGCCUACGAAGAAGAAAGAAAAGAAUCAAUGCAUCUUCAGAAACCCUAUGCAAAGGAUAUUUUAGGGAUAUUUCUGUUUGAGGAGGAAGAUAUCGAAGAAAAGAAAGAAGUAUUGCUUAAGCUGUGGAAGAAAAGAAGACUGCUGGAAAUAAAACAAAGUUCUCCAUCCUAGUUGACCUUCAUCCUCCCAACACCCAAUCCUGUCCCCUAGUGAGAAUCCUAGCCACACAAACCAACCAUAACAAUGCAACCCAUCGAUCAAAGUAAAAGUUAAAGAUUAAGAAAUCAAGGAGGUGCCGAUACAAAGGCUAAACCUCCGAAAACCAUCGCAUCGCAUCGCAUCGCUGUUGUUGUUGAAGAGUUCAAGUUAGGGCGGAAAGCCGUUCGCAUCUAAUUCAAUAUACCCUAAUUCAAUAUACCCUGGUUCGCAUUGCUCUUUUACUUCUAUAGGUCAAGAAAGCUGUGCUGGUGGAUGGGCGUGCCGCGUGAUUAACUAGCAAGUAGCAACGCACUUUGAAGAUUUGUCAGGCACAAGGCGAAGAAUGGCCCAAGCACCUCUCAAGACAGCAUACAGGAGAAGCUCAGGAAGAAGCUCUCCCAUUCAGGAAGAUGCUCCCCCUUUCCCAAGGGCUCGUAAGAAUUCAAAUGCCAGCAUGGUCUCCGAGGGUUCACCCGCAUCACUCCGCAGACAGAGGCAAAACAUGCACAGCUUUGAGGGAUCGUCCUCAAAUUUAAGUCUGCCUUUGCUGUUUAUCAAGGAGAAGCUUCAAUGGACAGUGUUUUCAGCUGAAUACAGAGAGCGCCGCCACCUGGACUUUUUGAAAAGCUACAGAGAUGUGCUGGUCAUUGAUGAUGUUGAGAAGAAUGCCAUCAAAACAUUCAAGGAAGUGAUUAAACACUGCAAGAAAGAAAUGGACGAAGAUGUGUGGAUUGGAAUAAAAAAACACGCCGACACUGUCAGCCUGUUCGUGGAGCUGGCCGAGGGCACCCCGUUCGGUCACUACUGGUUCCUGGUGCGGUCGGUCAAGUACCGCAGCUCAGACGGACUGGAGAUGCGCAUCAGAUGCCUCAGGGAAGUGUGCUCCAGCGACGGACCCACCGCGGACCCGGCGGCACCCGGUGGCGGGCGGCCUCUCUCAGAGUGGUCUCGCGAUGAUCUAGUGCGGUGGAUGACCGCCAGAGUGACGGCUCUCCCCUGGGGAGAGGCGGCUGCCUUCUGUCGACAGAUAUUCAGCGUGGCCAUGGUGAGGGAGGUCUUCCGCUUCAUCACCGUGCUGCUUCUGCUGCUGGUCAACUGCUUCAAGGACGUCCACCUGUGGCUACUGCGGGCCGUCGACACGGCAGGGGUUUUCGUCCAACGCUGCACCCCUCUGGCCACCGCCCUGCUGCAGUUCUGUCUGAAGAUCGUCGGAGGGUUCUACAUCCUCCUAGCGCGCGUAUGGGUGGAUAUGCGUCAUGGAAGCCCGCCUCCGCCGCCGCCCCCUCCGCCAGGGAUGCCGUCAGCUCAGCCGCAGAGGGCGCUGAUGUAUCAGGGAGGUGCGCGAGGAGCGCCAGGGAGUGGGCCAUACUGGCAGGGGUCCCCCGGGCCCGGUAUGGGCCCGAGAGGGACGCCAGGUAUGGGGCCUGGUAUGGGACGAGGAAUGGGUCCUGGUAUGGGACCUGGUAUGGGUUAUGGUGCUCGUCCCAGUAUGACCCCAGGUAUGAGCCCUAGCAUGAGCCCCAGUAUGGCCUCUGGUAUGAGCUCCGAUAGUCCCCGGUCAGAGACUGAAACGUCGGACAUGGGCUGAAACGGGUCUGAUUAGGAUUCUUUGACCUGCCACAGGAAGACAGCGUUCGGCCAUGUUUUGUGCAAUGCAGGAUCGUGUUUGUAUAUAAUGUUUGUAAAAGUGGUGUUACUGUAGGAUAUGGGAGGUGGGGGAUGUCUUAACCGGCAAUAUUAACACCAAAGAGUAGGCCGGGUAUCGUGGCUGACUUAUUAUCGUGUUUCUAGGGGAUGUAUUGAGAAAGCAACUGCCAUUGCUGUUAUGGGUAGUGAUCGCCCGUAUUCUGGGUUCUGGGUUGCCAUGGUAACGCGAUCAGAACGCGGCCAAAUUUGUGGCAUUAAUUUAUUUCAGGAGUAUGAGCAGUUGGUAUUCUUUUAUGUUUUGGCUAGCAAAGUCGCUUUACGAAGGAACUUACCGUAGGGUUUUUCGGUUUCGUUUAUCGUUAAGUUUUAUUGAAUGUUUAUUUGCAUGUAGUAUAAAUCAUUAGGAUGUAAGAAAUAUAAUAAUUGUGAGGGUUAGCCAAAGCGCUAUGCCAAAAUCAGUUUAAGUUAUUAUUGCUUUUUGCAGUGUUCUGUCAUCUUCUGUGUGCUAUCA